GGGCCAGCGCGCCUCGCCGGGUCCCCCCGCGGCAGCCAUGGACACGCACCGCAGCGAGAUUCUGCGCGAGACCAUCCGCAAGGAGAUGAAGCUGAACUCCAAGCACCUCGACGAGAUGCGCAGGAUGAAGGGCCUUGCCGCGACGACAGGCAGCUUCGGCACGUCGAUGACCGCCUCGGCGGGGACCCUGCCCCCCCUCAAGAAGCAGAGCGCAAUCAACAGGCAGCUGGAUCAGACCAUGGGCCUGAGCAAGGAUCCUCACACGAUGACCAAGGACGAGUGGGACAGCCACGGCAUGACGGCCGACGACUUCUUGAGGACGGGCGUGUCGCACGAGGGCCAGGGUCGCAAGGCGUACCUCAAGCACCAGGUCAAGCAUGGAGGUCCCCGCGAGCGGUUCGGUGGCCAGCCGCUCCUUUCCAGCCACGAGGUCGGCUGGACGGUGAAGGACUUCCAGGUCUUCGGCACCUCGCAGUACGCGCGGCGCCCUCUGGUCAAGCAGCAGUUCUACAGGACCAUGGGCGUGAGCCUCUCCGCGGGCGGGCUCUGA